GAAGUAUUUACGACAUCGCGAAACUCAAAGUUAUAAAGUCUGAUCUAGACUUAACUGUGUGUGUUUGCAGCUUGGUUUCCCAACAGUAAAAAUGACCUCAUUAAAAGUGAUGAAGGCAAUACGAGUUUCCGAGUUUGGAGCUCCUUCGGUUCUGAAGUUCUGCUCUGACAUUCCGGUUCCUGCUCCAGGACCCAAACAGGUGCUCAUUCGAGUGCACGCGUGCGGAGUGAAUCCUGUGGAGACGUAUAUCCGUUCUGGAGCUUACGCCCGCAAACCCAGUCUCCCAUACACUCCCGGGUCGGAUGUAGCCGGCGUGGUUGAGGCUGUGGGAGAUGGAGUUCACUUCCUGAAGGCAGGUGAUCGAGUGUUCACCACCGGCACCGAGACAGGAGGAUACGCCGAAUACAGCGUGGCUUCAGAGGCGUCCGUUCACAAACUGCCAGAUUGUCUGAAUUACAAACAAGGAGCUGCGGUGGGAAUCCCGUACUUCACUGCAUACAGGGCUUUAUUUCACAAGGCUCAUACUAAAGCAGGAGAGACUGUUCUGAUUCACGGAGCCAGUGGAGGAGUAGGAGUGGCAGCGUGUCAGCUGGCCCGAGCGUGUGGACUGAAGGUUCUGGGUACGGCUGGAACCCCUGAAGGCAUGAAGCUCGUGCUCAGUAAUGGAGCUCACGUGGCCUUUAACCACAGAGAGAAAGAUUACAUGGAUCAAAUCCUGGAUGCGACCGGAGGUCACGGUGUUAACGUGAUCAUCGAGAUGCUGUCAAAUGUGAACCUGAGCAAGGACCUGAAACUGCUGGCAUUUGGAGGCAGGGUGAUGAUUGUGGGGUGUCGAGGUUCUGUGGAGAUUAACCCAAGAGACACGAUGGCUAAAGAGUCCAGUAUCAUCGGAGUGGCUGUGUUUCAUGCCACAAAGGAGGAGAAGGAUGAGACAGCUGCAGCACUGUUCGCAGGAAUGGAGGCCGGGUGGCUCAGACCUGUGAUUGGUUCAGAGUACUCACUCGAAAAAGCUGCUCAAGCUCAUGACGACAUCAUCAACAACUCUGGCGCUGCUGGGAAAAUGAUCCUUGUUAUGUGAAAACCAAUAAAAACCUCAUUAAUCUAA